GAGUCCUUUCUUUGCAGCAGCCGGUGCUGCUUCUGCUUCUGCUUCUGCUUCUUGCGAUGUGAUGUCAGCUCAGCUCGUUGUCUCGUCUGGAAUGGAUGAGGUUGUCGAAUCAGGGUGCGAUAUUUUGAGGUUCGACCCUGGAGAUGUGACGCUGUGAUGGGGCGUUGAGUAGGCUCGCAUUUAGUGCUUCAAGGUCACGGCAUGGUUGUUGCAGAAGUUUCAUGGGUUCCGAUUAUCGUUUUUAAUGCUGACGGAUGAAAGGGCCGCUGAUGCCGAUUGAGUUGCGCUGAGCGACCAAUCACUGGAAGCAUGACGGGGAAGAAAAAGAAAAAAAAGGAUGGACGGAAGGUCCAGGCGGACCAAGUGCCUUUACCAACAAUCGAUGUAAAGUUGGCCGAUGCAAUCAGCCAGUUUCACUUCGAAACAGUCUCGAGUUCGAAAAGUAAGCCUGAAGGCGAAGCUGACACUUCUUCCACUCUCGUCGAAAUCGUCGAACCUCUGCUGUCAUUGGCAGUACCCCAAGUCAGUCCGCCCAAACCCUCGCCUCUGUCCCUCCCUACAGAGGGCACAAGCACACCCAAGUUUACUCCACCCAUGGGCACACACGCAUUCUCUCUUGGUGAACCAAAUCUGUCUGGACCUUCGUUCGUGUUCAGCGCUGGACAGAAUUCAGCUGCCAAACGCGUCGCAGCUACACCUCCAGUAUGUUCGGCUCAGGCCACGGAAUGUACCACUAUGCACAACGCAAGGAACUCGAAGCAGACUGCACGGCGACGAGAAGGUAAAUGUCCACCAUCGGAGCGAUUUGGGAAGAUGGGCAGACCCCGCCAGCAGAUUCUUCAGCUUGCUGCACAGGAAGUGGCAUUCGGGCAGGGCAGGGACCCGCUGAGCCUCGUGGUUUCGUACGAAGAAAACGUGCUUCGGCGGAUUGUGAAAGUACCUGAGGGAUACACCAGUGACGCAAUUGUCGACAGCACAUUGAGACAGGCAGUCGCAGGGGCAGCGUUGGAUAGUGCUGGCUGGCAGGAAGCCUUGAACAAUCCCAAGGAAGACAAAUACUUCGCUUACAGCACCGCUCCAGAAGGGUUGACUGUGGCGAAGUUUCGGGACGUGAAGGGUAAAGUUCUCGUCACACCCUUGUCAGCCGGGAAUGGGCUCUUGAAGCUCAAGGAAGACGCUGAACAAAAGAAAAGAGCAGCCGAAGAGGUGGUGGAAAACGUGAGGGACUAUCUCCAGAGACUUCAAUUAGACGAUGACAAAGUCGCUGCAGGCGUUGAACUUUCCGACGGGACUGUCGCCUCCUGUGCCCAUUGCCAGAGCCUGAGAAGUCACUUACAAGACUUGCUCAAAAUUGUCACGCUACCUCUUCCAGUCGAUCUGAAGAAGAUUACACACACGACAGAUGUGCUGCCCACUGGGAAAGGACAAGGGCCUGUAAUAGCGUCAUCAACUUCAUCUGUAUGAAAAUCACAUCUAGCACCGCGGCGUAUUAUGUUCAGUAGUAGUUCCACGCAGAGGGUACAAUAUUUGUGGAUAAGGCAGGGUUGUAACCCUGCUGUCUUGACCUUGAUUUGGGCUUUCGAUUUUUCUGAAGCCACGUAACCAGUGUUUUCGAGAAGGUGAUCAUGUUGCGUGAGCCAUACAGGUCAUCCCGAUUCCAUCGCAGAAGCUGUAUGCUGUAAGAUUAGUUGUAUGAACGUCAACUUCUUAAUCUGGUGUUGUUUUUGGAUUUGUCUCAGAUAAGGUAUGCUGGAAGGUGUGUCU